UGCUCUAAAAAAGAAAAAAUCAUUAAUUGCUGAAACCAUCUCUCUCUCUCUCUCUCUAUCUCUCUUCUUCAUCUUUGAAGCAGCUUCUCUUAACUCUUUUACCGUUUCGUUUCCUCAAGAUUGAUAGAUCUGAUUCCUUUCAAGAAAUGAGACAGAGAAUAAUGUCGGAAUCAGUCAACUAGGGCUUUUUUAAAAAAACAGGGUCAGCGAGAAAAAUGAAGAAGUAUAGCAGAGAAGUGAGUCCAGAGAGAGCAAAAGUAUGGACUGAGAAGUCACCAAAGUAUCAUCAAAAGAUUAAGAAAGUCCCAAUUGUUUAUUACCUCUCCAAGAAUCGUCAACUUGAGCAUCCUCAUUUCAUGGAGGUUCUCAUGUCUUCUCCCAAUGGUUUAUACUUGAGAGAUGUUAUAGAGAGGCUUAAUGUUCUUAGAGGUAGAGGAAUGGCUUCAAUGUACUCUUGGUCUAGUAAAAGAAGCUAUAGGAAUGGUUUUGUUUGGCAUGAUCUAUCAGAAGAUGAUUUGAUUUUACCAGCUCAUGGGAAUGAGUAUGUUCUUAAAGGUUCUGAGUUAUUUGAUGAAUCCAAUUCAGAUCAGUUUAGUCCAAUUGUGAAUUUACCUAGUCAAAACAUGAAGCAAAUAGUUGUGGAGCCACCAUCAUCUAGAAGUAACGAUGAUUCGUCUUCGUCUUCGAGUAUGAAUAAUGGGAAAGAGACUAAUAAGCAUUCUCAAGAAGAUGAUGAGCUUUCUCCUGCAGCUCUUCGCUCUGUCUCUUCUGGUGUAUCGCCUGAUUCAAGAGACGCGAAGAACUCAUCUUCUUGGUGUUUGGCUGAGUAUAAAGUGUAUAAGAGCGAGGGACUUGCAGAUGCUUCUACGCAAACUGAUCAAAUUAUGAGUGAUUGUUCUAAGAAACCAAUAGAGACCUUUAGUAGAGGUGUUUCAACUGAUGAUGAUGGAUCAUCAGAACCUGAAACCAGCGAAAUUAAUCUAGCGAGCGAGGCUUCUUGUGCGGGGAAAGAGAGGGAGAGUGCGGAAAUUUCGAGAAACUCUGUCUCGCCGCCUUUUUCCAAUAGUGCUUCUUCUCUGGGAGCAAAGACUGAUACUUUAGAGUCUCUAAUAAGAGCUGAUGUUAGUAAGAUGAAUAGUUUUAGGAUUCUUGAACAAGAAGAUGUUCGAAUGCCUGCUCAUUCGCGGCUUAGGGCUUCGAAUAUGCUUAUGCAGUUGAUAUCAUGUGGUUCAAUAUCAGUCAAGGAUAACAAGUUUGGCCUUGUCCCAACUUACAAACCGAAGUUUGGCCACUCGAAGUUUCCGUCUCCUUUCUUCUCCUCAUCGUUUAUGAUGGGAGAUCUUGAUCGUUUGUCGGAAACACCGAGUCUAAUGGGCUUGAGACUGGAGGAGAAAGAAUAUUUUAGCGGGAGUUUGGUCGAGACAAAGCUACAGAGGAAGGAUGCAGUGGAUGGUAAUGCUUCUCUUAAGCGUUCUUCAUCCUACAAUGGUGACAGGGCAUCCAACCAAAUGGGAGUAGCAGAGAACGGAGUUUCAAAACCCGGUGGUUCGAAAUACAAUCCAGUAUCGAGAAAGGCUUCUUCUAUAUUAAGCAAGCAACAACAGGGUAGUGAGUCCAUGAGAUCUCCUGUCUCAGAGAAGAAAAGAAACUCAUCAGAAAUUACAACCAAGAACAUUCCAUGUGCCACUAAAACACAUGACGUUUGCAGUAAAAGAAUAACCGAAUCUUCGAGGAAGCCCGAUUCGUUCAGAGAAGAUGAGGAGAAAGUGAUUGACGAAAGGCUUGCUUCAGGAGCUCGGGUUAGAAUCGAAUCGCAAGUGCCUUCAGAGGAGCCUUAAACCAAGUUUACAAAGAGGGUUUUGAAAACUAAAAGACCCUUUUGCUGGUUUGUUUUUGUGGCGGCAACUUUCUCCAUUUUGAUUGUAAAUCUAGAAAGGUGUCAUGUAAAAGAGAAAGGGGCAAAAAAGUUUCAUAAAAAGCCUAAAAAGAUCAGAGAAAGAGAGAACACUAAAUGGUGGAAUUGGACAGUCCCCAGAGAAAAAGUUGUAAGUAAAUUGAGAGAAAAGAGUUUGGUAACAAAAGGUAUUAAUGUUUUGAUGUGAUGUGAGAUGGAGAAGAUGGACCACUGUUACUGUGAUUGGUGUGGUCAUUGUUUACUGAUUGGUGUGGUCAUUGGUAGGUUGGUUUUAUUACUAAUUCUAUGCCGUUUCGGUUAUCUGAAUA